AUGUCAGAAAUAGAAGAAAGUUGGAAAACUACAUUAUACAAUCAUCCAAUCAACCAAACCAUACGGCAAUUCCUAUCAAAGUUUCCUUUAAAACUCACAAGACCAAUUCAUAGAAAACGUGAAUUAAAUUUUCCAACUUUGUAUAUUUGGGGACCUGGUUGGUUCUCUUCAAAUGAAGCUUCUUUUGAUUGUGAUUGUUUAAAGUGGCAGGCAAUUUUGAAAUUUACCAAAAUUAAAUUUGAUGUAGAAUAUGCAAAUGAGCCAUUGAUGUCACCAUCAAAAAAAUUACCAUUUCUGGUACUCGAAACUGGUGAAGUGUUGGUUGAUGAUAAUUUAGAACUAUUUAUUGAACAAAAUUCUAAUGAACUUGGUAAAUUAAAUGAAGAACAAAAGGCACAAUCAGCAGCAUAUAUUACUACAGCUGAUACAAAAUUGCGAAAUGCUUUGCCAACUAAUCAAGAAACAGCAUUUUAUAAAUAUUCAUCACAUUAUCCAUGGCCAUUAAACAAAAUAUUAUUUCAUCAAGCUUCAAAUAAUGUAAUUGGUGAGAUUUUAACAAGAAAUGAAGCUCUGGAUCGUGAUCAAAUUUAUGAAGAAGCUGCAGAUACGUUAAGUGCAUUAUCAACUGAAUUAAACAAUUUUCAAUAUUUCUUUGAAUCAAA